AUGUUUUGGUCGGGGACACUGCUCAGUGCCACCGGCCCCUUGGCCAAGGCCUGGCUCUCUGCCAACCAAGAGCGCAAGAUAUCCAAGGUCCAGAUCCUGCAGCACAACCUGCAAGACAGUGUGGACGCCAUCAUUGCCCCCAAUGACGCUCCCCUGGCUCUCCGGCUAAGCGGCCAGCUGCUGCUCGGCGUCGUCCGCAUCUAUAGCCGCAAGGCGCGUUAUCUCCUCGAUGACUGCAACGAGGCCCUAAUCAAAAUCAAGAUGGCUUUCCGAUCCACCGGCAACCAUGAUAUUCCUACCAACCUUCAUGCGACGACAAAAGAGUCGCUCAUGCUUCCCGACACGAUUACGCCCUAUGACAACCUCGACUUGCUGCCACCGCCGAGCGCUGAAUUCCUGACUUCGCAACUUGAAGAAGUGACUGCGACACCGAUUAGCGCCCGCAAGGCUGCCGUUCGCCCCAGCAACCGUGACAUCAACCUUCAGGAAGAUUUCAAUAACAGUCAAUUUCUUCAAGACACUACUGGGGAUGACGACGAGCUUGCCCUCGCAAACAUGGACGACCUCGAUUUGGAGCUCGACUUUGGUAUGGAUAUUGACGACCGUCCAUCCAAGCUGAUGGACAAGAGCAUUGAAAUGGGCAGAGAUGCGCCUGCUGCCAGGCCAAUUGAGGAGGACAUGCUCAGUGAGCCGGAUAUGGGCGGCCCGAGUAAGGUGCGCGAGCCAUCGCUCGGCCUCGAUCUCGACUUUGGCGAUAGGGUUCACAUUGCGGACGAGGAGGGUGAUAAUCAAAUGGGCGACGAUGGCCUCCAGUUCAAUCUUGAGGACGAGUCGGCCAUGCCCGGAGCCGUUCGCCCGGACAUGAGCCGUGCCCGCAUCUCCGAAUCUCCGCUGUCCGACAUUGAUGACGAGUUUGCCAAGGAAGUCGAGAUGGAGUAUAGCCGUCACAUGCACACCGACAUGUACGAGCCAGGCGAUGACCCGAGCGCGACGACCAUCCAGGCGCCGCAACGGCAAAAGAAGAAGAAGCUGCUCCAGCCCGACGACCAGACAAUGCUGUCCAACGCCCAGAUCAAGGAGCAGCAGUCAAAACGCGACAACAUUCUCAAGCCUCAGUCGUUCCUUACGCACGAUCCGUAUAUCGUUGGUCUGAUGGACCUGCACAAGAACGGUGGUUUCGUCAAUAACAUUCUGUUUGAGAGCCGCAGUGAUGGAUGGGCUCCCGAGCUGAGGGGUCUUUUGUCCCUCGGUUCCAUCCGACCAAAUGAGCUGAAGAGGAAGAGAGACAGCGGCGUUGCCGACAUGGACAGCGAGGAAGAACAGGGCGCGUCAAAGUCGCCUCGCCUGGAGCUCCCCGAGGACGAGACGGUGCUAGGCCUUGACGGAACUAUUGCAGGCGACCAGAGCAUUGCCGCGGACGGUACAGUGCUUGAAAUUCCAGCCGAUGACACCGCCGUGUUCCACGCCGAAGACGAGGAUGAGCGACCCGGCUCCAGGGACGGCGCACGCUCUAGCCCCAUGCCGGCUUUUGACGACACAACCAUGCCCAUCGUGCAUCCCGCCGACAGCGGUCCGGUGUCCAUUGGCACUAAGCACGCCGUCCACAUCCUCCGUGACCUAUUUGGCGCCGACGCCGCCACCAACGCCGAGAAGCGCAAGAAGUCGGCCGUUGUUUUCCAGGAGCUGCUGCCCGAAAAGAAGACAUCCAAAGUUGACGCCACCAAAAUGUUCUUCGAGUGCCUUGUCCUCGCCACUAAGGAUGCCAUCAAGGUCGACCAGCCCGAGGGUUCGCUCGGCGGCCCUAUCCGUGUCCGCGGCAAGCGUGGGCUGUGGGGUGACUGGGCCGAGCGUGAGGCUGGUGGUGAACUCGCGCGCGAGCAGCAGCAGCAGCAGCAACAAGGCAAUAAGCCUGAAUCUGCUGUUCAGUCGUCUGCCACGGUCGCUGUGGAGGCAUAG